CUCACACUCCGGAUAACAGCUUCCUUGGAUUUGUGGUGGAGCAGCAUCUGAAUUCCAGUGACAUUAAACACAUUAAUGACAUCAAGAGGCAGAACCAAUCUCUCGUUUAUGGCAAAGUAGACAAUUUCUGGAAGGAUAAGAAGGCUUAUCUGGAUGUCAUCCACACCUAUAUGGAGGUCCAUGGAACUGUUCAUGGGACAAGCACCAUUUAUAUUCCUGGCUACGUAAAAAACCAUGGUAUACUCAGUGGGCGGGAUUUGCAGUUUCUACUGAGAGAAACCAAACUGUUUGUUGGUCUUGGAUUUCCAUAUGAAGGACCAGCUCCUUUAGAAGCUAUUGCUAAUGGAUGUGCUUUCCUAAAUUUAAGAUUUAACCCACCAAAAAGCAGCAAAAACACAGAAUUUUUCAAAGGCAAACCUACACUCCGAGAGUUGACAUCUCAGCAUCCUUAUGCUGAAGUUUACAUUGGGAAGCCCCAUGUCUGGACUGUAGACAUCAAUGAUCUUUCUGAAGUUGAGAAGGCUGUGAAAUCAAUUUUGAAUCAAAAGAUUGACCCUUAUUUGCCCUAUGAAUUCACAUGCGAGGGAAUGCUUCAAAGGAUGAAUGCAUUUAUUGAAAGACAGGAUUUCUGUCAUGGGCAGGUGAUGUGGCCCCCACUAAGUGCCCUUCAAGUAAAGAUUGCUGAACCUGGAAAAUCCUGUAAACAAGUUUGUCAGGAAAGCCAGCUCAUCUGUGAGCCUUCCUUCUUCCAGCAUCUUAACAAGGACAAGGCUCUGCUUAGGUAAGGAGUUAAAAGCAUAAACAUAUU